AGAGGCCUAUGGCCAUGUACUAGCUGUCUAGUGCUCAAGUAACUACGUGACAGACGGUCCGAAAAAGGCAGGCGAGAGCUUCCCGAUACAUCUGAGAUUGGAGAUCUAGGUCAAAACAUCGAGCCACUUGGGGUGCGGAGAAACACUGAUCUGAACCAUACCAACGUCUCUCGUCUUAACCACCAUCUACACGCCUGAGAUACCCACAUACAGCACAGAGGUCCGGUAUGGCGAGUAAGCAGCUCGGGAAACUGCGUCAGUGGGCAGGCGAAGUUAUAUCCGUGCGGGACAAGACCGUGUUGUCGGAAGAGUUUAGAGAGCUGGAACACGACGUGGAACUCCGCAGGCGGGGACUGUCCAGGUUGCACGUUGCCUCUCAAGAUUACCGUCGCGCGUUAUCGAAGAAGAGAGUCUCCGAAGCGGUAGACCAUGACGAGAAGCUUAUGUCCAUUGAUGCGCUUGGGGUUGUAAUGAUACAGCAUGGAGAAGAGUUUGGGGAUGAUUCUGCAUUCGGAACAUCCCUUGUCAGUCUGGGUAGAGCCCAUUGUCAGAUAGCAACGUUGCAAGAGUCGUACUCCGUCCUAUUCCAAGACACUUAUCUCGCAUCCCUUCAACGUGCGGAAGACGAUAUCAAAGAGUACCAAGCACAGCGCAAGAAGCUUGACAGCAGACGACUGGCUUUCGACGCUGCAGGUUCGAAGCUCGAGAAGGUUCGAAAUGGCAAGAAAGAGAAGGAGAAAGAGAAGCAGGAGGCUGAAGACGAUUAUGAUAUCUCCAAGUCACGAUACGAAGAGUGUGCAGAAGACGUCCGGGCGCGUAUGUGUGCUAUUCAAGAGGCCGAGAUUGACCAACUUCGUGAUCUAACAAGCUUCUUGGACACGGAGUUACACUUUGUCGAGCAGUAUCUUGAAGUACUGAGGGAAGUCAAAGUGGGCUGGGUAGACGACGCGACAUUAGCAUCCAUGGAGCGCUCAAGUCGCUCUCGGCCGCAACCGCCUAUCAGUGAGCUACGCCCUAUCCGAGAACGCCGAAAAUCCGUCUCGAACAAGGCGGCGGCAGGCUCGGACGAUUCCUCUGCUGAAGAGGAGGCAUCCACAAAACCAUCUCAUAAGAAAUCCCUCAGUAUGCGAAAGCCUGAUUCUGGUACAUCCAGCAAGCCGCCUUCGCGCCCGCCAUCCCGCAACGAGCGGAAGCGAGUGGAAAGCGGUGCGGGUAUCAAGACGGACAAGGAGAAGGACAAGCACGAGAAGAGCAGUCGGAUGAGUGUCGCAGACUGGGCGUCGAGCAAGAUGGGCUCGCUCACGGGCCGGGGGAAGAAGGAGAAGCACGCCGACGCGCUUAUACAGGACAACGAGACCGACAGCGACAGCGACGAUGCGCGCACUCAGAAAGCGCGGCGUCAAAGCACAUCCUCACGCUCGUCUCCGACGAAGACGAAGACGACGCCGAAUGCAUCUCCACUGCCGCCCUCGCGCACGCUUCGUCUGCCGGCGAAGAAGGUCGCACUCGCGCUGCACGACUUCCGGGCCGCGUCGCAAGAUGAGCUGAGCUUCAAGGCUGGGGAUCAAAUCAACGUGCUCAGUGAGGUUCUGGACGGCUGGUGGAUGGGCGAGCUCAACAGCAAGACGGGCCUGUUCCCAACGACGUACACCGAGAUUAUCAACGCCUCGUCCUCGUCACUCACCUCCAAGCCCCGACUACCCCCGCGCCCUACUUUUACCCCAAACGGUUCGCAGCCAGGGUCGCGCGCAUCGCCUGCGCCGUCGCAUGAGGACCUCACUCCCGCACCGGAGCAGAAGCAACGAGACCCGCCGAAAUGGCUGAGCAUCCAGCCGACGGGCGACAGCCUCGCCGAGUCCGAGGACGGCGCACACCCCUUCGGGGACCACCUCGUCGCGUCGAGCCGCAGCCCGCUCAACGGCACGUUCUACGCCGAGAGCGUCGCGAGCAGCGGCGACGAGGAUGAGGGUCACGACGACCACGACGACCACGACGACCGCGCAGGCGUGCGCCGCCUCGUUGAGCCGCGCGAGGAAGAUGGCGCGCAUCAGCACCCCGCUCACGGAAACGGACGUCUGGAUGAUGAGUCCAAGGCGCCGCGUGCAGUGCGACCUGCGCUACCGUCACGCCAGCCCUCUUCCGCGAAACGCCCGCCACCACCGCCCCCGCCGCCGCGCCGUGCGACGCUCCCGGGUAGUGCGCCGCCGAUCCCGUCGAGGCCAGGCGGAGGCAUCGGCUCAAUGCCGUCGUCGCAGAGCACGUCGACAAACGCAUCCUUUGUGAGCAUCGGGUCUGGGGUUGCCGGGGACGGGCUGACGGGUUCGCCGUUUGACUGAGGGCUGCUGUCGCUCGUUUCCUUUUCCUUAUGCUUACCACAGGACUUGUGUUCGCCUUUCUUGGGCCUGCUCAACUUUAUCUGCGCUCCAUAUGCUCAUAUGCCACUACUCUGCUAAUAGGACGCGACUUAAACUACAUGUGCGAUGGCAUUAUACAUGUUCCUACGCAUGCUACUAAAUGCGACACGAAACACGAGUUUGAGAUAGACACAGGGAGGUGAAAUUAGCUGACUACGAGUUUAUAUAAGCCCAGAACUCGCAGAAAUUGCUGGCAGGAGGGAACACGGAGAGACAAAGAAAAAAGAACGACCAAUGCGAAGCUGAAGUGAGCGCUGCUACAAGAGACACGCCUACUAUCAGCGCAUGGGAACGUCCGCACCCAUGGCCCCAGCGUAUUAUGUCCAGAGAAAGGCUGAUCGCGUCUUGCUUUGGCAGACCAAGAUCGCCCGCCAACCAC